AUGUGGCAGAACACUUCCCCAAAAGGACUGGUGAAAAUCGUCCGCUUGCCCGAGAGGUCGGGCUUGAUACAAGCACGCCUUGCUGGCUUGAAGGUUGCCCAGGGUGACGUGAUCGUCGUCUUUGACAGCCACAUGGAGGUUAACAACGACUGUGAUGAAUUGGGCAGUUGUUUGCAAGUCCGCCCUGGAUCCCCAGAGCUUCUGAUAGGUAUUGUGAUGGUGGGAGCAGCAUUCGCCGUUGACCGAGAUUAUUUAAUGGAAAUUGGCGCCUAUGACAAGGGGAUGAAGAUUUGGGGAGGAGAAAACCUGGAACUUGCAUGGAGAAUAUCGAUGUGCGGUGGUCGGUUACUUCAUAUACCUUGUUCCAGGUUUGGUCACAUUGCCCGAGGGCAACCGUAUUCAUUUCCUGAAGAUCGGCACAAAACUAUACUGUUUAAUUAUAAAAGAGCUAUUGAAGUUUGGAUGGAACCACAACAUAAAAAGCUGGUGCACCGCGCUUUGCCAGCACUAAAGGACAUUGACCCAGGUGAUCUUCGUGACCGGAUCGCCCUCAAGGAACAACUGCGGUGCCACAACUUCUCUUGGUAUCUGGAAAACAUACACCCUGAUCUCUUCGUGUACGACAAAGAUGUCUUGGCGUGGGGAUCUGUGAGUUUUCACUUGUUUCUCGGCGACUUGGCCAUGUGA